CCCUCAUUAGCAGCCAGUCAGUCUCCUGCAGUGCGGAGUGAGAGCGGCGGCAACAUGGCGAGGGAGCAGCUCUGUAAGCUAUUCGUCGGCGGCCUGAGCUUCGAGACGGCCGAGGGCAGCCUGAGAAGCCAUUUUGAGCAAUGGGGGUCGCUCACCGACUGUGUGGUGGUUCAGGACACCCUGACCAAGCGGCCCCGCGGCUUCGGCUUCGUCACCUACUCGUCGCCCAGCGAGGCCGACGCCGCCAUGGCCGCUAGGCCUCACGUGCUGGACGGCCGCACCGUGGACCUGAAGCGAGCGGUGCCCCGGGAAGACUCCAACAAACCGGGCUUCAACCUCAAGGUGAAGAAGAUCUUCGUGGGCGGAAUCAAAGACAAGAUCGACGAGAACGAUUUGCAGAUCUACUUCUCGGACUACGGGACGAUUGAGAAAGUGGAUGUGAUCUGCGACCGCGACACCGGCAAGAAACGCGGCUUCGCCUUUGUGUACUUUGAGGAUCACGACUCGGUGGACAAGGCGGUGAUACGGAAGUACCACGUGAUCAAUGGCUACCGGUGUGAGGUGAAGAAAGGUCUGUCCAAGGAGGAGAUGCAGGGCGGCGGCGGCGGCGGCGGCGGGGGGGGCGGCGGCAGAUCCCGUGCCCGAGCCGGCAGCUUCAGCCAGAGGAACGGCCGCAACUAUGGCGGGAGGAUGGACGACUCCCCGCGACAUGGCGGCGACGGCGGUUACUACAACGGCGGCAACCGCGGGGACGUCUACGGCUACGGCAGCGGCGGGAACCCGAGGCGGGACCGCUCCUUCUCCGGGGGCAGCUACGGCGACAGAGCCUACGGCGACCGAGCCUACGGGGAUAGAGGGAGCUAUGGCGACCGAGCCUACGGCGAUCGGGCAAGUUAUGGCGAGCGGGGCUACGGCGACCGAGGAAGUUAUGGCGACCGGGGCAGCUACGACGAUCGGGGCAGUUAUGGCGAGCGGGGCUACGGGGAUAGAGGGGGCUACGGGGAGAGGGGGGGCUACGGCGACCGGGUCGGGGACUAUAGCUUCGGGAGCUAUGGCGAAGACGGCUACGAUGGUGGAAAUUUGCCGGAGAGCUUUAACUUUGGCAGCUACUCACCACAGGCGUCCAGCUAUGGCCCCAUGAGGGGAAGGAGCAACACAGAGAAAUACGCAGCCGGACCCUACAGGGCAGAUUACGGUCUGAGCAAUAGGAGCAGAAGCAGAGACUUUGGAGGAUAUGCGUUUUAGUGUCCCGAGCGAGAGUUUAGUUUAAAAAAAAAGUGAGGGCGGGAGAGAGGGG